AUGAACCAGAAGGUGUUAGUUUUCCUCCUCCCAAAUUUUCUUUUUGGGAUAUUUCUUUUUGGGUUGUUCUGUAAGAGACAAAGAAACCUAUCAACUUCUUUUCAUGAUCCCAUUGAAAAUUGGCUGGUGAUUCAAAAUGAUCGCAAAAACACACUGGCUUCUGUCUGCCUGGAGAAAAACCUUCUUCAAUCAAGAAGCAAAUUGGAUUUUCAUGUUGCAAAUCAACUCUUUGUGGAGCACAAUCAUAAACUAAUCUACUGUGAGGUUCCCAAGGUAGGCUGCUCCAACUGGAAGAGAACUAUUUUUCUUCUCCAAACAGAUUUGGACAUGCAAGCUGCUGAAAUUGAGCAUGACCACAUCCACAGAACCUUGCUGAUCAAGAGGCUGACGUCUUACCCUCCUGUGAAACAAGAAGAAUUUCUGAACAACUACACUAAAGUGAUGUUCACCAGACAUCCCUUGGAAAGGCUGGUUUCAGCUUACAGAGACAAGCUUCUGCACUCUGAGCCAUACUAUAGCACCACUCUUGCAAACGAGAUUAGGGCCAUGUUCAGAAAAAACAAAAAUUCUUCUGAUAAAGUGAGUUUUCAAGAGUUUGUCAACUUUAUUGUAACAAAACAACCAAAUUUCCUUGACAUCCACUGGAAGCCAAUGUUUCUGCUCUGUGAUCCUUGCAACAUUCACUAUGAUGUUCUGGGCAAGUAUGAAACUUUAGGGUUAGAUUCUGAGCACGUUCUGAAGAUCAUUGGAGCACCAGAGAGCCUACACUACCCCAACUUGAAGAGGUAUAGCUCGGAGAAACGAACUACUCGUGAUAUCACCUUGGAGUAUUUCAGACAUUUGAGCUCAGAACAAAUUGAGAAAAUCAAAAAAUUAUAUCAAAUGGAUUUUUUCUUGUUCAACUAUACUAUGAAAUAUGAGGAUUAUUAUCCCCUGGAAGGUUAA